CCACCACGUUUGCUCGCCGCUCUGCAACACCGCGACAUGGCGCCUCGCCCGAGCUGCGUUCUCCUCGCCGCUUGCGGCGUUGCGCUCUCGGCGCUCGUCUUCUGCGGUCUGACGGCGGUUACGGAACGGCCUGAGCAUCAGACGUGCUCGGGAACAUGUCAAGCGGCGCCGGCCUCACGUCAGCAACGUCCCGAUACGCAGCACCUCACCUGGUCGCAGUUGGAGACGUAUGCAGAGCAGAUGGUGGCUCGUGGCUCAGUGCAGUUUGCUAUUGGCAAUGUUGCUGUUGAUAAGAAACUCGCUGUUGCAACGUUGCUUGUGAAUGCCGAGAGAUACGAUGAGGCUAUUGUCAUGUUUACGGCGUUGAUCAAGGCACACCCCAAGCUAUAUGGAGCAUACGUUGGGAGAGGCACGGCAUACGGUUACAAAGGACUGGAAAACGCCACAAAUACUGAGAGAGCAAUCAACGACUUUACUACGGCCAUCAAUUUGAAUAAAAGAGAAUUAGAAGGUUUUGAAAGACGAGCCGAAGUCUUGACGUUGCUUGGUCGUUACAGCGACGCAUUGGUGGAUGUGCAGGCUGCAUUGGACGUUAAGAGGACUGCAGAACUAUAUGCUUUGGGAGGUCGUAUCUUGUACCUUCAAGGGAAAUAUUCUCUGGCUCAUGUCAACCUGCAGAAUUCUCUUAACAUCAACCCUAAGCAGCUUGACGCCAUGAAGAAUUUGGCAAUAGUUUAUUAUGAAACAGGAAGAAUGAAGGAAGCUAUAACAGUUCUAAAGGAAGCUUACGCUUUCGACUCUUCUCAAGCGAUCUUUCCAUUCUACGCGGGUCUUUCAUACAGAGAUAUGGGUGAUGCCAAGCUGGCAGACGAAUACCUCUCACUUGCAAUCAAACUCAGCCCUCGGUCUGCUGAUCUCUAUUACGGAAAAGGUCAAUUCUUGUAUGCAAACGGUCGCCAUCAGGAGGCUCUGCAAGACUUCAGUAUGUGCUUGCUUCUUGAUUCCGAUCACAUUUCUUGCAUCUACAUGUACGGUCUCACACUCACCUCUCUCGGACUCUACUUCCCAGCCAUCAAAGCUUACACACAAAUCUUUCUUGCCCACCCGAUUGAGACGAACGAAGGAGAACUGAUCCACGCUGGAUACAUGAGAGAGUAUAGCCGGUAUUUACAUGCACGUCUCGAUCAGCCGCUUCAGAAGCUCGCACUGGACGACGAACUCGACGAGAGAUUCCGAAGCCACUGGUCACGACACCAGUUCUUCAACUAUCACAAUUACACCGAGCAGCCAGGACUACAGCCUUACACAAGUGACGUGGGGCCUCUCAACUUUGACGAACUCGACAUCAAUACUCAGGUUCUUGUCUGCAAGGCUGCUGAACUCGGAGACAAGACGAGGUUUGAAGCUGAUGGAAUUCUCCCGAACUCGAGGAGUCAGUUGGCUGCAGGCAUGGCUGCUAUUCGGAUUGCUCAGGCGUUGGAGAAGUUGUGGCAGCCGCAAGGUGGUAAGAAGGUUGAGUGGAGGGACAUAUUCCACGUGGCUGUUAGUUGGCAACGGCUGGUGGAUCCUUCAUUACCGAUCUUCUGGUUCGACAAGCUGCGGCAGUCGGCGAAAGGCAGUCACAUGAACGAGUUGUACAUCCACAGAGAGUAUCAUUCUGUGGUUCGAUACAAAAGCUACGAAGACCGGCUGCUGGCAGUUAUCAAGGAAAAGGCGCUUCAGAAACAGCGAAAAAUGAAAGGAAAAGAGCUUUCGGUUGAUGAGAAACGAGCAAUUAAGAAUGCAGACAACUGCACAGCCUUGAUCAAGAUAUGGGAGGGCAAAGGGAAAGGGUCACAGCGAGACCAUGCUUUUCAGUUGUAUUUGCCAAGUUAUGUGAAGUCUAACUAUCUUAUUGAAGGGGUGAAAGUUCUUGUGGCUGGCGAUGGACGAUCCGAAUCAUACAUUUUGGCGUUGGAUUUAGCACACAACAAAGCAAUCACCUCCAAAUACGUCCAAGAGCUCAACCAGCUAUGGGACGAUCUCUCAGCCAAAGCAAAAAAGGAAAACAAAAAUUACGAGGAACUAAUCGAUUUACUGCUUUUGAUGCUUUACUAUUUUAUAAAUUUGUGUCCUCUCACUCGAGCAACGACGGUGACGGCGUUUGCGACGUUUAUCGGUAUGUUGUCGGCGAUUGGAUUUGAGCUGGUGAAGCCACUUCGUCAGGGCCGGUUGUUGGAAAUGGAGGCGUGGCUUUCUGAGACUUCAGAUCGCUUCAAGGCUAAUAUGAGAGAAUUUCUACAAUUUCGAAUGGUCUCAACGCCGUUGUCAUCGAUGCCAUUGGUGAAAGACACGCUGCCGAGUCUAAGACAUUCAAUGGAAAUACUGAACAUGGGAUUCGACCGAUAUUGCAACUACUGAACUAUCGUCUACGAUGGUAGCACGUGAGCAUGAAUGGUCGAGAUCGUCAUUUGGCUAUCGUAGCCUUGAUUUCAUUUCAUUAUUGUAUUGGAGUUGUCUUGAAUUAGUCUUACAAGUAGAAUGAAGAAAUCGGUAUCUCGUA